GAGAAAGCAGAACUGCUUGAUUCCUUCUUUGCUUCUGUUUUUACGCAAAAGGAGGAAAUAACCUACCAAAAGCAGCACGGAGGGAGAUAGAAUAGGUAUACAAAUUGAAAUAAGAAAGGUAUUGGUAAGAGAAUAUCUAUCCAGCCUGGAGGAGUACAGAUCAACUGGGCCAGAUGGUUUGCAUCCCAGAGUUCUGAAGGAGUUGGCAGAUGUCAUUGCGGAGCCACAGAACGUAGUUUUUCAAAUAUCUUGCAGCACAAGGAAACUACCAGAGGACUGGAAUAGGGCUGGUGUGGUUCAAAUCUAUAAAAAGGGGGAAAUGAAUCCAGGAAAUUAUAGGACAAUCAGUUUGAUAUCAAUACCUGGGAAAACCCUGGGAAAGAUAAUCAAGUGAACACCUAGAACACCUAGAAACAAACAAGGUGAUUACUAGACGCCAGCACAAGUUUCUUAAAAACAGAUCAUGCCAGACAAACCUUGUUGCCUUUUCUGACAGUGUGGAGUUUGUGGACUAACAAAAGGCUGAACACAUAGUAUACUUGGACUUCAGUUAGGCAUUUGACAAAGUGGGCCACAACCUACUUCCUGGCAGGAUAGAACAAUGUCAGAUAGACAGUACCACCACCAGAUGGAUUUGCAAUUGACUGAUGAACCACACCUAGCAUGUUUUCCUCAAUGGAACUACAUCUACCUAGAAGAAAGCAUGCAGUGGGGUACUUCAAGGUUCUGUCUUCAACAUCCUAAUAAAUGAUCUAGAUGAGGGGAUAAAAGAAGAGCUCAACAGAUGACACCAAAUUGGGGGGAAUUGCUAAUUUGGGAAGAUAAACUCAAAAUCCAGAAGGAUCUUGACAGACUUGAACACUGGAGCAUCUAACAAGGUGUAGUUUAGUGGUGAGAAGUUAAGGUCCUGCACAUAGGCAGGAAAAAUCAUAGAUACCCAAUAGGUUUUUGUUUGUUUUUUUGUUUACAUUUAUACCCCGCCCUUCUCCGAAGACUCAGGGCGGCUUACAAUGUAUAGGGCAAUAGUCUCAUUCUAUUUGUAUAUUUACAAAGUCAACUUAUUGCCCCCCCAACAAUCUGGGUCCUCAUUUUACCUACCUUAUAAAGGAUGGAAGGCUGAGUCAACCUUGGGCCGGGCUCGAACCUGCAGUAAUUGCAGGCUUUGUGUUCUUAAUAACAGGCCUUACCAGGCAGAGCUAAACCGGCCCUAUGAUACCUAUCUCAAUAGGUCUAGGUGAGAGAGAUCUAGGCCCCCAGAAGUCUGAGCCAGCCAUGUGCUGCAGCUGCCAAAAAGGGCGAUGCGGUUCUCAGCGGCAUCAACAGAGGGGCAGCAUCAAGAUUACAAGAAGUGAUAGUACAGCUUCGUACCACACCGAUAAGACUAGGAAUUGUGCAUCCAGGUCUGGCCACCAUGAGGGAAAAAAGAUGCAGAGUCCUCAGAAAGAGUGCAGAGAAGAGCAACAAAGAUCAAAAGGGUCCGGAGACUAAAUUGUGUGAACAGUUGAGGGAGCUGCAUUGUCUAACUUACAGGACAGGAAGGGGGGCAUUAUAACUGUCUCCCAGAACUUGAGGGGCCGUCACAGAUGAAGGGAUUGACUUAUUCUCCAAAGCACCAAAUGCUAAGACAAGAAGUAAUGGGUGGGAGCUAGUUAAAGAGAGAUCCGCCCUAGAACUAAGGAGCAAUUUUCUGACGGAAUAAUCCAUGGAUUAGCUUGGCUCCUGGAAUUGUGGGUGCUCAGUCCCAGGAGGUUUUCAAAAAUAGACUGGGCAACCAUUUGACAGGGAUGGUAUGAGGUCUCCUGCCUUGAGCAGGGGGUUGGAUUAGAAGACCUCUGAGGUCCCUUCCGGUCCUAGGAUUCUAUGUUCCAUGGUUUCAUGCGCAUGGCUGCGGCUGGAGGAGUUUUAUUCAGGAAGGACUUCGCCAACCUUUGAAUUGCGCGCGCUGCCCGCUCAGUGGCCCCGGCGCCAGCCAGUGAGCAGAACCGCGGGCCGCGGAGUCCAAUCGGCGGCCGCGGUGGGCGGGCUGGCGUGAGACGCGCGGGCCGUAUAAAGGCGCCCCACCGGACCCGCCGGCCACUCGCUUCCUUGGGGACUGGCCAUGUCGGGUCGCGGCAAGGCGGGCGGCGGGAAAGCGCGGGCCAAGGCGAAAUCGCGCUCAUUGCGCGCCGGACUGCAGUUCCCGGUGGGCCGCGUGCAUCGGCUGCUGCGCCGCGGACACUACGCGGAGCGGGUCGGGGCCGGCGCUCCCGUUUACCUGGCGGCGGUGCUGGAGUACCUGACGGCCGAGAUCCUGGAGCUGGCGGGCAACGCGGCGCGUGACAACCGCAAGACGCGCAUCGUCCCGCGGCACGUCCAGCUGGCGGUGCGCAACGACGAGGAGCUCAGCCGCCUCCUGGGCCGCGUCACCAUCGCGCAGGGCGGCGUCCUGCCCAACAUCCCCGCCGCCCCCCUGCCCCGGAAGGCCGCGGCUCAGGGCGGCGGGGCGGCGGGACGGAAGAAGGGCGCCCUCCAGGCCUCGCAGGAGUACUAGGCGCGGCGGCGGCGGAGGAACCGGAGAGCGACCCGAGGCUGCGGAGCCGGACGAGCCGAAGUAGCGGACCCCCUGCGGGCGCCACGUGCUUGGACUCGGUACUGGGCGCGCUCGACCCCAUGGCGGGCUGCCUGCGCCCCGGCAUCCAAUAAAAGGACGUUGAAAGCG